AAGAGUCAGAACAUUAGCAGUGUGACAGAGCUACUUCACAACACUGUAAGCAACAUUGAAGCUUCUUGGAUACUCUCUGACUGCAGGCUGUUUGUAAAGAGUUAUUCAAGUGGAUUAUCACAAUUUUCAGGUUUCCAGUCAAAAUGAAACUGAUUCUUCAGAUUGCUUUUUUCUGUUGGUGUUUACUAGCCAGUGGUGUCUUCAGUGUGGAGAGUGCAAAACUGAAUUUGACUUCUCAAUUGAAAAAAAGGGUGAGCAUCUGGGCACUCAACAGAAUGAAAAGGGAUUUGAAAAGCUCAUCCGUGUCCAAACUGAGUGAAGCAGACUCAUUCCAUAUGCAGUUUGUCAGCCAAGAUGAUGUCAAAGACACCUUAAGUCCUCAUUCCAGCCCUGAUACCAAUAUCCGAGUGAAGAGGUAUAUGAAUUCUGUGAGUCAGUCAAAGAGAACAGGCUGCUCAUUGAGUACCUGCUCAGUGAAUGACCUUGCACACCGGCUGUACCAGAUAGGUGAUAAGCAAAGAGUCCACAGCGCUCCUUUGCACAAGAUCAGCCCCACGGGCUAUGGAAGGAGGCGACGAUCCCUACCAGAGAGCAGAGUCACCUUUCAGCGACUGGGGGGGAAACUGAAAGCAGUCUGGGUCGGGACCAGAACAAACCAAGUACAGAAACUCGAGGAUCUCCUCAGACGAACGUGAGCAGGAGGCCCUGGUGCCAUCGCUGAAGCUUCCUGAUGAAUUCCACGAUUCUACAGAUGCCCAAGACUCCCACCAAGUCAUUGCGGGGCACAUUUUCUUUCCAAGGAGUAAGGUAGCAUUGAAUCGUCUCGGAUGACCUAAGUGAUCAAGUUAAUAACAGAAAAAAAAAACAAUUUAAAAAAUUGAAUCCAUCUUUAAAGGACUUAGACCAGGGCAUCUAAACCCUUGUCUUCUUAAGAGGAUGAUACUGAGUCCUAGCUAUAUGGCACUGAGAACGGCAUACAGGACGUUUCUAGAGAAUUGCUGAUGAAUUCUCACACUCAGUGGCAAAAGACACAGACUCAAUGCUGUGCUGCUGAUCUUCCCCAGGGCAGCAGCUCCAGAGGAGAUUGUCCCCAGGAAAUGAAAAGACAAGCCAGCAGGUCCUUCACUGUCAUCCAGCUCACAGACCUUUGCAAACGCUUGUGAAAAACAGUACUAUUUUUCAAAGAGAGAAAAAAAGGUAACCAGGACAUUUCCCUUUCAAAACUAAAGAAAUUGGUUCAGCGCUGAAGGUGACUGAAACACCAGCAUGUAUUUGCUCUGACAGAACUUUUUCAAAUUCUUUCCGUCUCCUAAAUUUAGCUGAAAGCAUGAUUUGUAACAUCACCACUCCAUGCAUCAAAGAGAGAGAGCUGGACAGGGCUACAAGGCUUUUGAUUUAAAGCAAAUCAUUUGGACACUGUAUGGGGAAAGAGACUUUUCUUUAGAUUCCCUUUAAAGGAAAUCUAAAAAUAAACUUGCCAGUCCAUUAAGGAUUGCAUCAUACUUGAACUUGAUCUUUAUAGAGAAAUGUGCAAUCGAUGUAUUUUUUUUUGGCGGUAUGUAUGUAUAACAUGUUAAAAUAUCACUAUUUAAGUGUUUUACAUGUUUCUUGUAACUGUACUUAUGGAGAUAGACUUAUUUUUAUACGUGAUAUGAAAUAUAUAAGGGCAUUGUAGCUUUUUUUCUUUUUCUGUUUGUGUUACGGUUGUCGUGUUUUGAACUGUGGUAAUAAAUCAAUUUUCCUUUUUUUAAUUGAUAUGUUAUUAUAUAUUUGUAUAUGUUGCUUAUUUUAUUUUUGUCAA